GUACUGAUUUUCUCGACAGCCUUGUAUUCCCAGCCAUGCGUGUUUUAGACCUAGCAUAACACCGAGGAACCUCGCCAUGGUUGAUUUGUAAAGAAUUCCUUUAAAAAUUCAUCAACUGAAGGUGUUGACCAUGUACCCCCACACUUGGGCCCAGGAUGUGUUACGGUGUCAUCUCUGUGAGGCUCCUGUUCCCCCGUUAUACUGUGAUAUUUGUCACAUACAUCUGUGUAAAACCUGUGUUGGGGAACAUCUCUUAGAUGAAUCUACAGACCACAAAGUGGUGCCAUUUAAAAAGCGAGGACUUAAUCCUAAAUGUUCAAAACAUUCCACACAAUUAUGUGACCUUCAUUGUGAACAAUGUGACAUUCCUAUUUGUGUGGAGUGUGUUUCCUCUGAUGAACAUUUAGGACACAAGCAAGUUGGCAUUUUAAAAAUACAAGAUACCAAUAGGGAAGCAUUAAAAAAAGAUCUAAAAGAAUUAGAAAAUUCCAUUUAUCCUAAAUACCAAGAGAUUGCAUCUAAUAUCCCAGUUCAGAAGGCUGACCUGAUUAAAAACUCCAAGAAAUUGUCAACAGCUCUAGACAAACAAGGAGAAUACUUGCACAGAGAAAUAGACAUUGCCAUUCAAAAACUGAAAUCUGAUGUGCAUGAAAUGGAAUCCAAACACCUGGUUGUCUUUGAUAAGCAGGAAAAUGAAAUCAAACGCAGUAUUUCUGAAAUUGAACAGAGUAUUGAUGAUUUGAAGAAAUUACUUAACUCCAAUGAUGUCAGCCUUGUCACUGCCUACAAAUCCAAGAAUGACGAAUUCAGAAAAUUGACUCCUAAAUUCACAGUUUCCUUACCAAGUUUCACCCCUCAGAAGAUAAACAAAGAAGAGAUUUAUCAGCAGAUUGGUUCUCUCUCAGCAUUAUCAAUCCCGAUAGAAGAACAAGGCUACAAAAUGGAUUCUCCUGGUGCUGAGUCCUCUCCCCUGGAUAGAUUGCUCAUUGAUGUACCAUGGAUCAUCACAGAAAUAAACACAGAGUAUGGAGAACCUAAUAGAUUAUGCAGUGUGUCCUGUCUGAGUGAUGAUGAAGUGUGGUUGAGUGGUCAUGACAACAUAAUGAGACUCUACAACCUCCACGGUAAACUGGUGAAGUCAAUCCGAACAAAGUCAGGGAAGAUACCAUUUGACAUAGCAGUGACACAGAGUGGUGAACUAGUUUAUACUGAUCCCGAUGAUAGAACUGUGAACAUAAUGAAGAAUACACAGAUACAGACAGUGAUCAGACUAAAGGGGUGGAUACCUCUCAAUGUCUGUAGUACCUCCUAUGGUGACCUCCUGGUUGUCAUGGUCACUUAUGAUAAUAAACAAACAAAAGUUGUGCGUUACUCUGGCUCUACAGAGAAACAAUCGAUUCAAUAUGAUGUCAAAGGACAACCUCUUUAUUCAUCUGAAUUUAAUGCUAAAUACAUCAGUGAGAACAAGAACCUAGAUAUCUGUGUAGCUGACCAUGACGCCAAUGCAGUAGUGUUGGUCAAUCAGGCCGGCAAACUCCGGUUUACCUACACCGGUCCUCCCUCUACUACCAAGGAACCAUUUUUUCCAGUCGGCAUCACUACAGACAGCCAGGGUCGGAUCCUAACAGCAGACUGUGUCAACCAACGUAUCCACAUCCUGGAUCAGGACGGACAGUUCCUCCGCUACAUUGACAACUGUCAUUUACAGCUUCCUUGUGGUUUAUGUGUGGACACCAGAAACAACCUCUUUGUGGGUGAAAAUAAAACAGGUAAAGUGAAGAAAAUCCAAUAUAGCAUGUAAACAAACUGUGAUCAUAGUAGUACAUGACAUUGUGUAAUUUUGUGUACAUUUACAAAGUAAAUAUCAAAUAUCAAAGUAAAAUAUUUACAUUUGAAAAUAUGUUUCCUUAUACAUGUAUGAACUUGCAGAAUAGCGAAAAUAUUUAAACAAUAAAAAGAUUUCUUUGGUGAUUCAUGGGGGGAUAUGAAGGUGGCGAUAUUGAAGGAAAAAAAUUAAAAACAUAAGUUAGCGGGUUACGGGUUAUGUAAUUUUUUUCUGCACUGAUCGCUUUCUUCAUAACCCCCAUGUAUCGCCAAAGAACCAAAGAAAGCAUUUCAUUGUUCAUAUUUAUAUCUUUCUUUCACAAAUUGCUUGAAAAAGGUAAGUAAAAUUAAUUAUACAUCAGUACGUUACCUAAAAGAAAUAGCCAAAUCGUCUAGCUCCUAUGAGAAUUUGAGUCUGAUAUCAUCGUGAUUAUUUCGUGCAUACCAUGACUUUUCUUGGGUGGCUGUAGGUUUCGACCAAUCGAUUAACAGGGCCUGUAUAUUUCAAUUCUGCAGUUUCUAUAUAUAGAGCUAUGACUUAACUAGUGUUUCGGUCAGAAAUAGUGGUAAUCAUACUCGGUAGAUGUACAUGUAAAUAUUCAAUUUUGUGUGAUCUUUCUCGUGACGUCAUAAUGAUCAAAGAUUAGCACGCGCUUCUCGCUUGUAGGUUGGAUUAUUGUAAACUUAAUAUCUCGGUAGUUUUAUCAGUUCUAAACUGUUUGCCUUUUUCAAUGUAAUUAUAAGUAAUAAACAGCAAUGUGAACUUUUUAACUUGCUGUUUAUUUCUUUAUAAAUUGAUUCUGUUUAAGGAGGCUGGAUGGUCAACAAAUUAACCAUCAGAUCUUCUCUACAUUUUUAGAUAUGAUUUGUUUGGUCAUAAACUAUCAUUUAGUAAAGAAAAAUCCAAAUAUUUUCGAUUUAAAAUUUGAAUAUCCUUAUACAUACAGAACUCUUCUUCCUAUAGGAGAUUGAUAUUCCAUGUAUCCAAAGAUGGCCAACACCACCAAGCAUUCUUAAAUGAUAUUUUAUAAAUACAUCAACAAAUUGUAAAGAAAUAUGAUAUUAUAAUAUAUAUCAAAUAAUACUUAGUACCAAACUGUGUUUAUAUUUAUAUAUUAUGUGUUAUCAUGAUUCAUUUAACUGUGGUGACGGUGUAUUUUUCAUGUAUGAAUAAUAAUAUUUCUCACUAUCAGUUGUACUGUAGCUAUAUAUUUUACAUGUAAAUAAAGUGGCUAGGUGUACUUGUUAAUGAAAUUAAUGUAAAUGAUCAGUAUGUUGUUGCUUAUUAAUGUGUUUGCUAUAUUAGCAUAAAGGCUUAUGCCAUUGUAAACAUUUCUUAUUCUUUGGUAGAUAGUAGCUGAGGGUCGGUAGCUCCAAGUCGAAAAAAAACCUCGGAUUGACGACCAGGGAGCUACAGUUUCAUGCGUGUUAAGAAGUUGCAAAUUACGGCGCACAAAACGUUAAUUGCACUUGUUUUGCACUGAUUAAGCUAAUUUUCUUUAUUUUUAUUUUUUUGCUAAUACUUUUUUUUUUCAGCGGUGGGUAUUUCAAUGAGGCGGGAGGCAAUUCAAAACAAACAGUUAUUAUAUUUUGACCUAUCUGGUAUCGUUACUUUAUUUGCCUCAGACUUUCUCUUAAAAACGCUUACAUGUAUCGACCACGGAAAAUGAAGAUUGUCAGGGACGUAUAAUAAUACAAACCCCCGUGUAUAAGAGAGUCGCCAUUCUCACUUUAAACACACUACACCACUUCAAUUCACAGUUCUGGUGAUGAUGUUUAAAAGAAUAUCAGAGGCAAGUACAGUGACAAUAUAAGUAGUAAGAUGUCCGAGAAUAUUUUUUUUGAAUCAAAUAUUUGUACAGAAUGUGUUUGGAAAGAAGAUUAAUCUGUAGCGCAAUUUUUGUGUGCUGUAAAUUUCAACUUUUUAUCACGCACAAAACUGUAGCUCUCGGGUCGUCCAGACCGUGAGCUACAGACCUGAAGCUAAUAGCGCUAAAAUACAGUGAAUAAAUUACGUGAUCAUUGCACAUGUUUAUAUAUGAUUGAUAUGAUUUUCAGUAUUUAGAAGAACUUGAUCUUCCUCUGUUCUUGGAAGAAAUGUUUACAUGAAAAGAGCCUUGUUUUGUCAGCAUUACUAGAAGUUUCUAGAGAAUUUUGCAAUUUUUUAAAUAAAAUUUAUUAUUAACGAGGUACUAGUCAUAAUUGAAAGAUGAAUAAAGGCGAUUCAUCUUCA